UUCCCGCUCUCCUCGCAAGGCUCUCGGUGACCUGCUGUCCCCUCUGCGUGGUUUGCCGCUACCAGUCUUGGUGUGAUUUCUGCUUGAUGAACCUCAGGGACAAGUAGUACAACAGGAGGAAGCUGCACACGAUGGCGACGAGGACGAGGUAGCUGAUGUAGAGAGGGUGGGAGUCCAGGUCCAGAGACUGGAUCACCUGCAACCAUGGAGAAACAGAUAUAAAAUGAAUGAUCUGACUCCACCAUCACCGCUCAGGAAGAUAAUUGCAGAGAUCAAGACAUAAUCAGCUUUCAAAGAUGCUUCAGCUAAUGAAACGUGCAGGUUAUCACGUCAAGCAAGGAUGUCUUGCCACCAGCUGGAAAAAUAAAAAUGGAAAACCAGAUUAAUUUCCAAGGGAUCAUUUUGAAAUUUUUCGUUCCUUAACGUCUUUUCCCCACCCCUUCCUGAAGCUUUUCCAAAGCCACAGAGACAGAAUGGGCUUGAAAGAAAAUAUCAACUACAAGCUCAUGUUCAGCAAAUCUCUCUCCUCUGGAAUGGAGUAAGUGGCUUUAACCUUGGUCACUUCUCAGCAGAACUGGGUGGCUGGACAUUGAGGAUAGCUCCAUGAACUCAAGAAGCACCAUCUCUUUGUCCUCUUGUUACCUCUCUUUCACGUCUGUAACACAGGUGAGAGAUGGGAUCCUGUGCUGCCUGUAGGGCUGGCAACUAAAUGCUUGGCAAGAACUUUGCUUGGUAGAGGGAACUGCGAAUUCAGAAAUGGCAACUGGAGCAGCUGAAUGACUAAGGCGCUGACUGAUUGCACAGACAAUACGAAUCUUAAUCAUGAUUGAAAUAAAAAUUAUUAUGACUUAAAUAAGACAAAAAGUCAAUUAAGAAAAGCUGGCUCAUACUCAGAGAUGGGCUUAGACUCAACUAACCACCCUGGAGAAGAUUAAACCGGACCCACCAGAAAGUGAAAAAGAAAAACAUAAAAGAGAGAACAUGUUGGCCCAUGGUGGAACCUCUCUUUAUAUUAUAAAAAAUGGACCCGGCAAAUACUUAAGGAUGUUUCAUUUCACAUAGAGAGUGGCCAGAUUAUGGGCAUUUUAGGAAACUCUGGAUCUGGGAAAACAACACUUCUGGAUGCAAUAUCAGGAAGACUGGGUCAGAAAGACAACCUCUUUGGUGAAGUGUAUGUGAAUGGGCGUCAGCUGAAGAAGGAACAGUUUAGAGAUUGCUUCUCUUAUGUACCACAGAGCGACACAUUGUUAAGCUUCCUCACCAUCCAAGAGUCUCUGACCUUCACUGCUUUACUAACUCUUCAGAAAUGCUCCAACGACUUAAUCAAAAAGAAGGUAGAUGCGGUCAUGGCUGAGCUGAGCCUCAGCCACAUUGCUGACAAAAUCAUUGGAAGCCGGAUUUUUGCAGGAAUUUCUGGGGGUGAGAAGCGUCGUGUUUCAAUUGCAGCCCAACUAUUACAAGAUCCUAAGGUCAUGUUGCUUGAUGAACCAACGACAGGGCUGGACUGCCUGACUGCAAACCAGAUUGUUUCGCUUCUCUCAGAUCUUGCACACAGAGGCAGGAUUGUGAUUAUUACAAUUCAUCAGCCCCGCUCAGAACUCUUCAGGUUAUUUGACAAAAUAGCCAUCAUGAGCUUUGGAGAAAUGGUUUUCUGUGGGAACCCUAUGGAAAUGAUCACAUUUUUUAGUGACUGUGGCUAUUCUUGUCCUGAGCAAUCAAAUCCUUUUGACUUCUAUGUGGAUCUGACAUCUGUGGACACUCGCAGCAAGGAACGUGAACUCGAAACCUACAGUAGAGUUCAGGUAAUUGUAACAGCCUACAAAAACUCAGAGAUCUUUAGCAAAGUGCUGGCCACCAUUGAAAGAACAAAGUGUAUGAAGGACCUGCCACCAAUACCAUUCAAAAACAAAGACUCACCCAGUACCUUUUACAAAUUAUGGAUUCUUUUACGGAGGAUAACAAAAAACUUCUCCAGAGAUAAGAUGGGCAUCACCAUGCGUCUCUUCCAGAAUCUGUUAUUUGGCUUGUUUGUAGCAUUUUUCCUUCUUCGAUUAACGAAUGACCUGUUAAAAGGAGCUGUGCAGGACCGUGUGGGGCUUGUCUACCAGUGCGUGAGUGCCCCCCCCUACACAGGGAUGCUCAAUGCUGUUGCCCUUUUCCUACCUUUACGUGCUAUCAGUGACCAAGAAAGUAAAGAUGGCUUGUAUAAGAAGUGGCAAAUGCUUUUAGCUUAUAUAGUACAUUUCCUGCCCUUCAGUGUCAUCAGCGCGGCAAUUUUCAGCACCUUUAUGUACUGGACUGUAGGGUUGCAUCCUGAUGCUUCCAGAUUUGGAAUUUUUUUUGCUGUUAUCUUGGCAACUCACAUCAUUGGUGAACUACUAACACUUGUUGUACUUGGUGUGGUUCAAAACGCACAGAUAGUCCAAAGCGGAGUGGUGCUACUUAAUUCAGCAGGUGUGAUAGUGGGAAGUGGAAUAGUAAGGACUAUCGAAGAAAUGUCGCCACCAUUUAAAAUUCUCAGUUAUCUUUCCUCUCAAAGAUACAGCAGUGAGGUGCUUAUAGUCAAUGAAUUUCAUGGCUUAAACCUCACAUGUGGUGGAGCCAACAGUUCCAUGUCAAUUAAUCCUAUGUGUAUUUUCUCCCACGGCACUGAGUUCAUUGAAAAACAGUUUCCUGGUGCAUUGUCCCGGUUCCACAUCAAUUUCUUAAUCCUCUAUGCUUUUGUACCAGGACUUGCCAUUAUAGCAAUCCUGAGCUUCAAAAUAAGAGAAAUAAUUAUUAGCAGGUAAUAAAACGUGGCAGUGCUAACAAUGUCUAAUACUACACUUGUAAACUGAUUAUAUUUGAAGGCUUAAAUGGAUGGAUUUUAGAUAGAAAUUUAAGUGAUUAUACAUUUAGAAACACAGUCACCUUCUCAUGUUUGUUUCUACCUCGAUGUUUUCAGUCUUGAAAAACAAUGUUCUCUUAAGAGUGUGAAUGGCUUCCUGCUUUUGGUAUUCCCACCUUAUACCCAAAUCACCCAAAUCAACAGCAUUAAAUGGUUUAAAGGACGUUUUGAAUUUAAAUUACUCCGUUGUUUCUGUCAAUUUUUAACAGUGUAUCAAUGGUACUCUAGUAUUUCUCACACUAUUUUGUUUUUUAAGCAUUACCAAUAAGCAAAGAGGUAUAAUUGCUAGUAAAUCUUGUAUGUUAACUCCUGUGCUUUGUUUUGAUACCAUUUUGGGGAUUUGUAGAAAUGAAAUCAACCAACUACAUGUAAAUAAAGACAGAAUCAAGAAAUCA